AUGUCUCUCGAUGUGGUUGGCAACCUGGCGAAGGAUACGACUGGUGGUAAUGGGACUAUACACUGCAUAGAUAGCCAGAACCAGGCCGCCAACCCUCUAGCCCCACUUGUACAAGGCAGUUCCGAGAAAGCCAAAUUUCCAACCUUAUCAAAUCCUAUUAUACUCGAUGGCGGUAUGUCGCGGGAGUUGAUGCGCCUAAAUGCACCCUUCCGUCAACCCGAAUGGUCUGCACUUGCGCUGAUAGAAGCCCCACAUCUUGUUGAGCAAGUUCACCGCGAUUUUGCGACCGCUGGCGCCGAUGUCCUGACCACAAACUCUUAUGCGCUGGUUCCGUUCCAUAUCGGCGCCGAGAGGUUCGAACAGCAUGGCCAAGAGCUAGCAGGGCUUGCAGGGCGUCUAGCAAGAAGCGCUGCAGAUCAUGAAAGGAUAAGAAGUAAGAGAAGGGUUUUGGUUGCAGGCUCCCUGCCACCUGUGUUUGGGAGUUAUAGACAGGAUCUAUUUGAUGCUGAAAGGGUGGACAGUUAUUUGGAAGUCCUGGUGCGAGGUCUUUCACCGCACAUUGAUAUAUGGUUAGGGGAAACGCUCAGCUCAAUCGCGGAGGCCAAGGCUGUGGAGAGAGCGGUUAUGAGGACCGGUAAACCACUAUGGAUCGCUUUCACCCUGAAUGACAACGAAGAGUCGACUCCCGCAGCAUCCCUGCGUUCGGGUGAAUCUGUGAAAGAAGCAACCUGUUGGGCGUGCAGCUCCUCAGCGGAGAGCCUGUUAUUCAAUUGUAGCAGGCCUGAGUUCAUGGAUUCAGCUCUCAAUGAUGCGAAAAGCGUUAUUUCGCAGCAAAGCCGCAGUAUUCCACUAGGUGUCUAUGCGAAUGCGUUCGAGCCAAAGCCAAGACCCCACGCUGCGAAUGAAGUGAUCAUGCCAACACGGGAUGAUAUGAGUGUUAAGUCAUACUCAGAAUUGGCCUGGGGAUGGGUCGCAAACGGAGCUACUAUCGUUGGUGGAUGCUGUGGAAUUUGCUGUGAGCAUAUCGCGCAAUUAACGCAAGACGUUCGGAGCUAG